AUGACCGCAGGAACAAACGCAACAAGGCCCAAGCCGACACCGCCCUCUCAAAAUGCAACCCACGACCGCUGGCUCAAGCACUCCUCCGGACAGCGCGUCAACACCGACGCCAUCAUCGUCGAAGCUCUUCACAAAGAGUAUCCUCAGCUCCACCUGACCGUUAUAUCUGUCUAUAACACAAACCUCCUCGGCUAUGCAGCGGCAGGCAAGAUCGGCCUCGCGCCCAUGGACAAAGAGCAGGAUCGCUUGAGCCAGACCACGUAUAUUGCGCCAGCUAAUCGUUUGAGCGGCGGGAGAGGCGUGCUCGCGACUCAGCCGAAAUACUCGAAGUAUCUGUUGGACUGGCAGGGCAAAGAGUUCGUGAUGUACGUGGUAGAGGGCCGUGAUGCACUCGAUGCGUUCAGUGAGACCUACACUCAGUUCUUGCUCUCGCCCUCUGUCGAGGCUACGAAUCAACUCCUGCUGGAAGCCGGUCAAUGGAGUAACAGCUUGCAUGAAGAAGUCUGGGUGUUCGACCAAGGCUGGUGGCAGAAGAGCCCGGAGCUGUACGAUAGCGUGCGGUCAGCCAGCUGGGACGAUGUCAUUCUCGACAAGAAGAUGAAGGACUCCAUCAUUGACGAUGUCAACACUUUCUUCGACAGCCAAGACACCUACCAGAAACUCAGAGUUCCGUGGAAGCGAAACGGGAAAACAGUAUCGAUCAAAGCAAUGAUGCACACGCUGUACAACCGCAAGCAGCCCGUUCCCACGUUAUAUGUCAAGACGCUGGCAAGUUUCGCAGGUCCGGAAUACAGCAUCGACCAGAUCUUCAAACGUGCCCGCAGGGAAGCGCCGUGCUAUCUCAUCUUCGAAGACCUCGAUUCAGUGGUGACUGAUGAAGUCAGAAGCUACUUUUUGAAUGCUGUCGAUGGGAUUCAGAAAAAUGACGGCAUUCUGAUGGUCGGCUCGACCAACCAUCUUGACCGACUCGACCCGGGCAUCGCGAAGCGUCCAUCUCGCUUUGACCGCAAAUAUCUCUUCAACAAUCCUACCGAAGCAGAGCGUGUGUUGUACAUGCAGUACUGGCAGCGCAAGCUCUCCGACAACGACGAGAUCGAGUUCCCGGAUAAGAUCUGUGACGCCGUGGCGAAGAUUACUGGCGGCUUCUCGUUCGCUUACCUGCAGGAGGCCAUGGUCGCGUCGUUGCUGGCGCUUGCUCGCGAGUCUGAUUCUUUCGCGGAUGAACUGUGUCUGGAAUGCAUGGAGGCGCAUGGGAAGCCUGCGAGCGGCGGCUCGUGUGAUAGGCAAGGAUGGAGGGUGUUCAAAGGCCUGUACGAUUUUGUCUGGCUGGUGAAGCAGAUGGAUGAAAAGGAUGAAGAUCUGAACAGCUACGUGCUGUGGCGGGAACUAAAGAAGCAGAUUCGGAUUUUGAGAGAGGGUAUGGAGGAGGAGAAGGGGGUCAGGAAAUGA